AUGUACAACGGUAUUGGCCUCAAGACGGCGCGUGGCACAGGCACGAAUGGCUACAUCCAACGCAACCUAUCCAACGUCCGACCGCGCGACAAUCCCUUCACCAAACCUGCCGCUUCCUCGUCCGCCCCUGAUGUGCGACACACGCAGCCGGAUGCAGCGAUUCUGGAGCACGAACGCAAGCGCCGCGUCGAAGUGCGCUGUAUGGAACUACGCGUGCAGCUCGAAGACGACGAUGUCCACGACGACGAGAUUGAGCUCCAGGUGCAGGCGUUGCGCGAGAAGCUGACCGCGCAGAUGGAGCAGCAACGCGAGCAGGAGGCGGUAUCGAAAAUCGAUGCGGCCAAGUUGAGGGCGGGGGAUACGCAUAGGCUGGCAGAAGCUAAGCAGCAUGAUGAACGACGAUUCGCAAGGGCAGUGGGGGUGGAGAGCGGGUAUAGGGAGGGCGAUGCGUUUGACCGCGAGCUGCAGGAACGCAAGAAGCAGGAGCGCAUCGAAGAGCGAAGGAGGAGGGAUGAGGAGAGGAGGAAGGAGUGGGAGAGGAGGAAGGAACAACAGGCCGAUGCGAGGAGAGAGCGCGAAAGGGCGGGCGAGGAGAGGGAUGCUGGAUGGAGUAGGCGUAGGGAGAGGGAGGAAAAGGUGCGUUCGCCAUCGCCUCGUGCAAGGAAGCGCGGCAAGUACAGCGAAAGCUCGGGAUCCGAUUCGGGCUCGAGCGAGCGAUCCCCCCGACGCAGAGAUGAGGGCAGGUCAACGAGGCGAGAGGUGGGACGGGGACGUGCGAGAAGUCGAUCGCCUUCCAGAUCGAGCUUCACCUCCAGCUCCAGGUCCAGGUCGAGGUCCACGACGAGGUCGAGGUAUGAUUCUCGUUCGCGCUCGCGAUCCAAGUCGAGGUCGAGAUCACGCUCUGUAUCGCACUCGCGUUCGCGCUCAGUCUCGUCUCGAUCGCACAGCGGUGGUCGUCGUCGCUCGUACUCGCGCUCUCCCUCUCGCUCAGCUUCCUCCCGCAGCCUCAGUCGCAGUGUCAGUCGCAGUCGCAGUGCUAGUCCCGCACGCGCGCUUCCACCCGGCCCCCCACCCACACGUCCCCCCGGCCUUUAA